AUGUUAACAAGAAAUCUAACUAGAAUAUCAUGUCGAAGAAUAUAUCGUCUGGGGUAUAUUAUACCAACUAGGAAUUAUUACAAUGAUCGACAACAGAAAAUCAAUCAAGUUAUUAAAUCAGCACUUCUGAACUCUACUAGAUCAAGCAAUUUUCAAACCAUUCCAAUAAUGAACCGCAAUAGACUUCCAAUACGAACAAUUAUUAUUUUAAUAGCUGCAUCAAGUUCAUUUACAAUGAUGUUCUAUGUUAUGGUCCAGUAUAAAAAGUUCCAGGAUGAAGUUGUGGAAAAUGAUGGUAAAUUAAGAAAACGACUGAUAUUUUUGCCAUUAUGGGCAAAUAUGAAUCUAUUUUAUCAAAAAACUUACAAAUAUCCAAUUGGAUUGAAAUAUUUCGAUACAGAUUAUUACGAAUAUUUAAUUACAGAGAUGGGCCAAUCAAAUAAAACAGGAAAACGUGAAAACAGUGUUGAAAAUUAUCGAAAAUUAUUACAAGAUGAGAAUAUAAAAUAUUCAGUUUUGGAACUGUUAUCAGCAAAUGCUAAAAUUAGACAAUUGUUUGGAUUACCAUUGAAUAUGGAAUUGAAUUCUGAUGAUUUUAAAAUUUGGGUCGAGUCAAAGUAUCCAAGUGUUUCAGGAUUACAGAUUGAUAUAGUUGAGAGAUCAACCAAGAGUGGUAAAUCUACAGAAUUUGAUACCAAUUGGAUAGUGAAACCAAUUAAUGCAACUUCAAUUGUUAACGACACGUUGGUUGCAUUGGGAUUAAAAUUGGAUAGGUUGGAGAGAUCUGAUGCUAGUAUAAAAACACACGAAAAGGCAAGUGGAAAGAUUCAUGAGGUGAAUGUAAAUGAGAAAGUCAAAUUGAAUUCCAAUCGUGAUUAUUCUGUUCGAUUUGAAGGUAAAUUUGUUGUUUCAGAUAAGUCAUUCGUUAAUCUUGGGGUCAUUAACUAUUCUGGAACACUCGAUUUUGAUCAUUUAAUGAUUAAUAGGGGAAUUAAGGUAACUGGAUUGGAUUUGGAUUACGAUGGUGUUUUGUAUAAGAUUUUAUAG